AUGGCUGCGACGAAAUCAGACGCUGAUGUGCAAGCCAUCCCGACGGUAUUCGACCCAGCAACAUGCACACGGCGCGGCUUCUGUCCGGUUACCCUCCUCAAGAAGGGUGCAAGCCCAAUCGAGAGUCAUUCGCUGUACUUUGAACAGCAUGGCUCGGGGCCGGAGAAGAUGCUCUUCAUCAUGGGGUGUGUGCGCAAUGCUAGAAACUUGUCGAUCGCUUCUCAUACAUACAACAUUAGCUUGAAUUCGACGUCUUUCACAGGCUAUCAGCAGGUCGAAUAUUUCGGGCGCAAGCCCGAGUACUCUAUCCUGGUGUUCGACAACAGAGGUAUCGGGAACAGCGGGAUUCCGAUGGGACCGUACAAGUACGUUUAUUAA